AUGACACAUAUCCAUAGUCUACUUGAAUCAUCUUGUAUAUUCGGCAUACACUUUCACCUAAAGCUACGAUUUAAACACCGUCCGUAUUUUUCUAGGUGACACAAUAAACAGCGAGAAGUACAAUAGGAAGGUUCGCCAUUGUUUUAUUUUUACUCAAAUCGAGAGACUUUGUUAUUAAAAAACGAUAAAAAAAUUGAGCAAAAAAUAUUGAUAUUUACGUGCACUAAAAGCAUUUCAAAAUCAAGGAUUGGCGCGAGGCUGGAAAACGUACCUGUGCGCGAGACUAGACCGCGUGGCGUGUGUAGCCAGACACACCUCGCUAGCUGGCGCGCUGCAUUUACAACAAGGCCGCAGUAAUCGGUUUGGAGAAGUUAAAGCUGGUACGACAGAUUAUUGUUAAAUUCUGUGAACUUUGACGGUAUUAAAUGUCGAACAGAAAGUGAUGUUUUGUGCCAAAAUGUACAAGUACGUCAAGUACAACACCACAAAAAAAAUUUGUGAGUAUUCCAAAAGCUGUCGCACAACGUAAAAAGUGGUUUGACGCAGUAACAGUAGGGGACAUCUAUUCUAAACUUCGGCUGUCUGAUGAAUGGGAAUUACUUUCGCAUAGAAAAUCUUAAGUUGACAUUAUUGCCUGGACAGUGUUGGACCAUCUGUAUAAAGAGAAAACUCUAAUAUCUGCGCGAAAAUAUUCCGACCUUCAAGAAAUUAACUGUACUAUUCCAGCGUACUAUCACCAUUUUUAUAAUAAUUUGCCACACCUGUGAAUUUGUAGAUGUUUUAGUAUAGAUUUUUUGAUAAUUUUGAAUACACACAAUAAAUAUUCUACUAAAAAUAAAAGUUGCUAACUCCAAAAUUCCUUAUUUUCUAUUCAAAUGAAC